CGGGACCGUAUAGUAUAAAUGAACAACGCCGCUGAACCCAGCAACAAAACACUGAAAGAAGCGAAGAAGAGAAGUGCAAUACUGAAUACUUUCAAUUGAAGGAAAAAGACUGUCAUGGUUCGCCUGUCAAAGACCGCGACGCUGUAUGUUUGGGCCGUGAUGACGGCUCUGCUGUUGGUGCAGAAUUUCCAUCCAGCCAUAGGAUAUGCUAUCAGAGCUCCGCGAAGAGAAGCUAAUGAUGAGAUGCGGUUAUUGGAAGAUAACGCAGCUGAUGGAUCAAAUCACCACAUCAAGAAAAGAUCAAUUCUUGGAGCUGGUCUGAAAUUCAUAUUCAAAAAUUUCUGGGAUGAUUUGCUGUGUCUUGGAGCUCACUUAACGACUCUAGCAAACUGCAACAGUUUGUCACCAGGAGCUUGUCAAAGGUUAAAAGAUUUGGAAACUAAACGAGAUAAGAUAGCAACCUUGGUGAACCAGACCCUGGAGACCCAAGUUGAGUGGGCUACAUUGAAUUCCACUGACGAAAAAGCCAUCAUUAAUCUACAGUUGAUCGAGAAAGACUUGGAACUGGUCACAGCCAGCAAUCUUCGCCUCAUGGGCAUACUGAAGGCAAUCAGCGUCAUAGAAGAAACGGACACAGUUUACGACUCAGCCACCGAUAAUGUCACAGAGAUCAGAAUACGUUUUCAGAUUGAUAUGGAAACCUACCUGAACGGAAUCAAAGCAACACUGACAUCUGUAGGUUCCCAAAUCGACUCUCUGAAACACCAUGACUACAUAAUGUUUGCCAUCAUGACAGCAGUCCCCCUUGUAGCUCUGCAUACCAGCCAUAUUGUGACAUCCAUCCGUCAAACUUAUCUCACGAGAAGCCAGUCCUAUCAGGUGGUGGAUAUCGUUGGUGGCAACGGCAGGAUGAAACUCGCGUAUAACCCACAGGGGCGACUUUACAUCGUGCAAGAGUCCCCAGAUUUGGGUAAACUAAAGGUUCUACAAUCGGUGAGUGACAGUGGAAAAGUGGGACGGUUCUGGAAGUUUAUGACGCCAUCUGGACAGUCCGCCAUGGUGUCCGAGUUCUUGGACAGCUUCGACUUUGAGAGAGGCAAAAGAAUUGCUUGGCUUCAGCAAAAUAACGCCGACUAUCUGAACACACUGAAACAAAAGGGGUAUAUGACUGCAUUCCUGAGUAGAACAGAUGGUCUUACGACAACAGAGUUAGAUGACUUUGUGAAGAAAGCGGCAGUUUUAGACCAAGAUAAGUUCUACAAGUACGAUGCCGAUAUCCCUGAAGCUGACCUUCCCAAGCAAUUGAGACUAGGCUUAGACAUUAUGAACCCAAAUGACAUUGCCGUGGUCAAUGCAUACAACCGACUGAAGACUACCCACCCAGACCUGCUUGAAAAGUUGAAUAAAGCCGGUUCAACAGGAAAGUUCUUGGAAAACUCCAAAACACUCACAGACGCAGAGUUCGACGCCUACGCAGCAAAAGUUAAAGCAGCAGCCCCCGAGUUACCCGACGGUAAUCUCAAGCACUUCGACUGGGACGUGCCUGCUAAAAAAGUCACAUUCACGCAAAGGAUCAAAAAUGGGUGGUCUUCUUUCAGAAACUUUAACUUGUUCAACUGGAGAGGACGUCAAGUGAAGAUCAGCAACGUCCUUACUAUGGGAACCAUAGGUGGAACCCUGAAUGUUGCACUCUGUCUGUACAUGACAGCUUCUUCAACCAAAAGCGUGGAAGACAAAAUAAUAGAAAUCGACGGCAAGCUCGACGAAGCCAAGACAAACGUAGAAAAGAAAAAGGCAGAGUUAGAUGCUCUUCUUGUAGAGGAAAAAGACCUCUACACAAAAAUCAAGAAUAACACCGUGUCUUUGUACAAUCUCUUUAGUACCACCGAUAACACCAUUGCAGACGACCCGAGUUGCCAAGACACCCUGUGUACUUUCCUCCGUGAUGCUGCCCAAAUCAAAGUUAUCUCCGACUUCCUUGCUACGUGGAAUAAUAAUACGGUCACCUCGAGUACAAUUCUGGUUAGUCAGAUAGCCUUCAUGGCAGCCCUGACAUCCUCCAAGACGAAAAUGAUUGACCUGUACAACUCUGCCAUAGUCACCACCAACGUCAUGAAUUGGGUGACCGACGGUUUGACACUGGACAGGAUGCUGGAGAACGCAGUCACGCUGAAUCUCAAUGCCCGUCUUCCCGACCAUUUUUCUGUGCUGAAGGUCAUCAAGGUCGCUUUCCCAUCACGCACUGCCUACGACGGAAUUCCAUUAAGUUGUAUUGGCACUAAAAUUACAACACAGGCAGAACUUGAAGCGUUCUUACUAAAAGCAGCUCCUAUAACUGGAAAAGUUGUUGAUGACAUCAAAACUUGUCAAUUUCUCGGCAUUUCUCCGGAUGAUAUCGUUAGGUUAAUACAACGCAAAGUGAAUUCCGGUGAUCUCCCUGCAAACCCUUGCAAUGGCCAUGCUUGUACCAGUGAUGAUGUGCUGAAGGUGAUUGCCGCAGAGUUCCCCGACCUAACAGAGUAUAAUGGGAAAGCCUUGGCAAAAUACAGAAACACUGCUACUUGUUAGAGAUUCCUCAUCUUUGUUGAAUCCAUGUCCCAAUUAUAAGAGCUUUAAAGGCGGAUAUGCCAUUUAGCAAUACUUUCUAUCAUCCAUUACUUUUAUUCACUAUGCAUAAGAUAUGUAGAGAGCUCAAUAUACAUGUUUAAAAACUUUCAUUUUCCCACAAAUUUAUUUGUUUAUCAAGUUUAUUUUUGAAAAAGCAGCUCCUAUAACUGGUUCAGUUAUAUUUUGAAAAUAAACGUCUGCAUCCUUAGUGAUAAUGAAAACUUGACCAAUGGAAUGUUUCAUAAUGGUACGGCGUUUAAUGUUUUGUUAUUGAACUUGUUGUUUACAAACGCACAAUGAAAUAUACAUGGAACCAUAAGCACCGCCUUUAUUCUGGGUUCUUUUAUUUGAUCUUUUAAGCUAUAAUAACUCAUCCCUUAAUUGUUCCAAUCCAAAACCCAUCCCUGUAUCCAGGAGCAGAUAUUAAUGCUUGAUAGUUUUUUCUUAAUUGUGUUUGUAAUUCUCAUACCAUGGAUCAGACUUGUGUUGAUUCGAGAGAAAAGCUGCUCUUGUUAUUACCUCUUAUCGUUUGACUAUAUUUGUAACAGGCGGAGCACUCUCAGUAUCAGGGUUCGUUAAUAAUAUACUCGUUUGUGUAUUUUUAUUUGUGAAUUUCUUUCUAAUGAUCUUGAUGAAAUUCUAAAAUGGUUCCACAUCAGAUUUGUUCAGAGAUAUCUUUGGAGGAAAAUAAUUACCAUAUAGACGCAGACACGUGAACUGGAUUUCCUUUGUGCAAAAAUCUUUAUUACUGUUAACUUGUCUAGGAAGGUUUAGAUAAGAUUAGUAAAGAAACCCUCUUGGGAGUAGAGGUUUGUUGAUUCAUAUACACUGCAAAUGGAAUAUGACAGAAAAAGUGUAGCUGUGUUAUAAAUUGAAAAUGGCUCGAAGAAUAAAAUGGAGAUUUACU